AUGGACGCGGCGCGGGCCCGGGAGCACCUCCGGCGGCGGUACCUGUUCCCGCAGGACCCCGAGGCCCACCUGAGCGGCGCGGGCGGCGCGGGCCCGGAAACCUCCUCAGCUGUUGAGAAAAAGGAUAAACCCCUUCCAAGACUUAAUGUCCAUUCUGGAUUCUGGAUUUUGGCCUCGAUUGCUGUGACCUAUUACGUCGAUUUCUUUAGCACAGUUAAAGAAAACUUUCAUACCAGUAGGUGGUUUCUCCUGGGCGGAGCCCUGCUGCUGGUCAGCCUGUCGAUUGCCUUCUACUGCAUCGUCUUCCUGGAGUGGUAUUGCGGGGUGGAAGACUACGACACCAAGCACCCCACGCUGAUCCCCAUCACCACGGCCGCCUUCAUCGCAGCGGGCAUCUGCUUCAAUGUCGCGCUGUGGCCCGUGUGGUCCUUCUUCACGCCUGUGCUGCUCUUCACCCAGUUCAUGGGGGUGGCAAUGCUCAUCUCCCUCCUGGGCUGA